AUCAGUUCCCUGCUAAUCGAAUUGUAGUCUAUAUUCGAGGGGCGGGGAAAACGUCGUCAAGGCGUUCUCACAGCGACCAGUAGCCGCCUCUUCCUCCUCCUCAGGAAGCCGGAACCGAAAAGACUACUCCCGCCUUCUGUCCGUAACCCCCGUCUCUGUGUGUGCCCGCAUCGUGUGGCUCUGACCCCUCCCCCGCUGCUGGCCAUGCCGGCUCGGAGAGGGUAAUGAGCCGCAGAGCCCCGGGGUCUCGGCUGAACAGCAGCAGCACCAAGCAGUACCAGCGGGGCUGGAAUGACUGGCAUCCCAGCUGAGAUGUCAAACUGGAAAAGAUUACUGGUAAUUACCCUAAGCUGCUGAUUGCUGGCCCAGGAAACUGGCAUGUGACAGUGGCAAAAUGUGAGCCGUGUAGGGGAUGUUGAAGCCAGGACUGAAAUACAGACCAGACAGUGCUUCAGCCGAUCACGAAAAUUUAAAAUAUUCUUCUAAAGACCAGGGCAAUCCUGCCUCCUAUGGAUCACACACUUCAAAUUCAGCUGUGCUUGCUCGACAAAAACAUGAUGAUAUCAGAGUCCAAGCAGACGUGCAGAAUGAAGAGGAAGACAGCUACAGUGUCAAUGGUGGAUCUGGAGAAAGUGCUUUUGGUCGGAAGUCGUUGGGGCAAGAGCUGAGGGUCAACAAUGUGAGCCCUGAUUUUACCACUGUUCAGCAUGGAAAUCGUGCUUUAGCAUCUAAAGAAAUGAGGAAAUUACAAGACCGAUCGUUGUCUUAUUCUGAUGAGUCUCGACUGUCGAAUCUUCUUCGGAGGAUCACCCGGGAAGACGACAGGGACCGAAGACUGGCUACUGUUAAGCAACUGAAAGAAUUUAUUCAGCAGCCGGAAAACAAAAUGGUGCUGGGUAAACAACUUGACAAUAUCCUGACUGCUGUAAAUGAUGUGCUAAAUGAAAGUAGCAAAUUGCUUCAGGAAUUGCGACAAGAGGGAGCACAGUGCCUUGGCUUGCUCUGUGCUUCUUUGAGCUAUGAGGCGGAGAAGAUCUUUAAAUGGGUUUUUAGCAAAUUUAGCUCAUCUUCUAAAGAUGAAGUCAAGCUUCUCUUUUUGUGUGCUACCUACAAAGCUCUGGAAACGGUGGGGGAGAAAAAAGCAUUUUCUUCUGUAAUGCAAUUGGUUAUGACCAGUCUACAAUCAAUACUGGAAAAUGUAGAUACGCCCGAGCUGCUUUGCAAAUGUGUGCAGUGCAUUUUGCUUGUGUCCCGUUGCUACCCCCAUAUUUUCAGCACAAAUUUCAGGGACACUGUGGACAUUUUGGUUGGCUGGCACAUAGAUCAUACACAGAAACCUUAUCUCACACAGCAGGUGUCCGGUUGGCUGCAGAGUUUAGAACCAUUUUGGGUAGCAGAUCUUGCAUUUUCCACAACACUUUUGGGACAGUUUCUUGAAGAUAUGGAGGCAUAUGCAGAGGACCUUGGCCAUGUAGCUUCUGGCGAAUCUGUUGAUGAAGAUAUUCCUCCUCCAUCUGUCUCAUUGCCCAAACUUGCUGCCCUCUUAAGAGUAUUUAGCACUGUUGUGCGAAGCAUUGGUGAGAGAUUUAGCCCAAUUCGUGGACCACCAAUUACUGAAGCAUAUGUGUCAGAUAUCCUUUACCGCGUAAUGAGAUGUGUGACUGCUGCAAACCAGGUGUUCUCUUCUGAAGCUGUGCUUACUGCUGCUAACGAGUGUGUGGGAGUUCUGCUUGGCAGCAUGGACCCUAGCUUGGCAACUCAUUGUGACAUUGUUAUCACAUAUGGUUUGGAUCAGCUGGAGAACUGCCAAACAUCUGGUACCGACUACAUCAUAUCUGUUCUUACUUUACUCACCCUGAUUGUUGAACAAAUUAAUACAAAAUUACCAGCAUCAUUUGUGGAGAGGUUGUUUGUGCCAGAAUCCAAGCUUCUUGCACUACGCAAUCACAAGGAAAAAGAGGUGAUUGGAGCAGCACAUACUGUAUAUCAAGCAGUCCUCACUCUUAAAAACAUUCCUGUACUAGAGACUGCAUACAAGUUGAUUUUGGGGGAGAUGACAUGUGCUUUAAACAGCCUUUUACAUUGCCUGCACCUGCCAGAAGCCUGCACUGAAAUCCAGCAUGAAGCGUUCAAGAAUCAUGUGUUCACAGUGGACAGUGCAACCUUUGUUGUCCUGUUUGACUUAAGUGUUUUGACCACAAUUGGAAAUGCAAAAAAUUCAUUGAUUGGGAUGUGGGCACUGUCUCCUACAGUCUUUGCACUGCUGAGCAAAAACCUGAUGAUUGUCCAUGAAGACAUUGCAGUCCACUACCCAGCUCUUCAGUAUUCUGUGCUAUACACAUUAUAUUCCCAUUGUACAAGGCAUGACCAUUUUAUUUCUAGUAGUCUCAGCUCCUCUUCCCCGUCUUUGUUUGAUGGAGCUGUAAUAAGCACUGUUACCACUGCCACAAAAAAGCAUUUCUCAAUUAUCCUCAAUCUUGUGGGCACUCUGCUCAAGAAAGAGAACCUUAACCAAGACUCACGGAAACUUUUGAUGGUUUGGGCAUCCGAAGUAGCCGUUCUCAUGAAGAAAUCUGAAACUUAUGCACCUCUAUUUUCCCUUCCAUCUUUCCACAUGUUCUGCAGAGGGCUACUUGCAAAUACUCUUUUUGAAGAUUCAAAUAUAAGUCUCCAAGCAUGCAAUAGCCUCCAUAUUCUUUCCUCUUCAUUGCCAGAGGACCUCCUGCAGAGGUGUGUAGAUGUUUGCCGGGUUCAGCUUGUGUCCAGUGGAACCCGUGUAAGACAAGCAUUUGGAAAACUUCUGAAAACUAUUCCUUUAGACAUUGUUUUAAGUAACACCAACAACACUGAAAUGCAGGAAGUUUCCUCUGUAAUUAGAAACCACAUGAGUAAAUCUCCAAGCAACACAUUUCACCAGCAGGACUUUUCUGAUGUCAUCAGCUUUAUUCUCUAUGGCAGCUCUCACAGAUCAGGAAAGGAAAAUUGGCUGGAGAGAUUGUUCUGCAGUUGCCUAAGGCUAGACAAGCGAGAUGCCUCGCCCAUUCCCAGAAAUCUGCUGAAGACUGAUGCUGUCCUGUGGCAGUGGGCAGUGUGGGAAGCUGCUCAGUUCACUGUUCUGUCCAAAUUACGUACCCCAUUAGGAAGAGCCCAAGAUACGUUCCAAACCAUUGAAGGCAUCAUCCGAAGCCUUGCAGCACACACAUUAAACCCAGAUCAGGAUGUUGGCCAGUGGACUUCUGCAGACAAUGAUGAAGGACAUGGCAACAAUCAGCUUAGACUUGUUCUGCUGCUACAGUACCUUGAGAACUUGGACAAGCUAAUGUAUAAUGCGUAUGAGGGUUGUGCAAAUGCAUUGACUUCUCCCCCAAAGGUCAUAAGAACGUUCUUUUAUACCAACCGUCAAACAUGCCAGGACUGGCUAACACGAAUAAGACUUGCCAUUAUGAGAGUGGGAUUGAUGGCUGGACAGCCUGCUGUAACUGUAAGGCAUGGGUUUGACUUGCUGAUGGAGAUGAAGAACAAUAAUGCUCCACAGGGAACAGAGUUCGAGUUAACAGUGAUGAUGGUUGUUGAAGCUCUAUGUGAACUGCAGUGCCCUGAAGCAAUCCAAGGUCUAGCAGUGUGGGCGUCUGCUGUUGCUGGAAAAAGCCUUUCCUGGAUCAGCUCUGUAGCUCUACAUGCAGAUGGAAGGUUUGAAAAGGCUGCUGUUGAGUAUCAGGAACAUUUGUGUGCAAUGACCGGAGUAGACUGCAGUACCCCAGGAUUUGAUAAAUCUGUUUUGAAGCUGGCAAAUGCCACUGGCAACUCUGCAAGCCCAAAACAUGCAAACGGUGAUGCCCGCAAGACUGUACUGACAAAGCCAAGUGACCCUGUACCUGAAGUUAUUAAUUUCUUGGGUAACAAAGCUUGUGAAUGCUAUGUUGCAAUAUCUGACUGGGCAGCAGUCCAGGAAUGGCAAAACUCCAUGCAGGAUCUCAAAAAGGGACCAUCUGGCAUGUGUGUAAACCUAAAGGCAGACUUCAAUUAUAUAAAAUCUCUUAGCAGCUUUGAGAGUGGGGAAUUACAUGCAUGUACAGAACAACUUGAAUUGCUGCCUGGUGAAAAUCUCAAUCUUCUGAGUGGAGGAGCAAAAGAGAAAAUGGAUAUGAAAAAGCUGCUCCCUAACAUGCUCAGCCCUGACCCAAGAGAACUUCAGAAGUGUAUUGAAAUUCAGCUGCUCAGAAGCUCAGUGAGUUUUAGCUUGGCUGUAGGUGAACAAGAGCAAGAACAAAAGUGGCAGGCCACAGCCGAAAACCUGUCAAAAUACUUAAAGCAAACAGCUAGAAUUGCUAUGGGACCUUUGCGACUUUCCACACUGACCAUUUCUCAGUACCUGCCAAUGUUGGGAACGCUUCAGCUCUACUGUUCUUGUGCUCUUGAGAGUACAAUGUCCAAUAAACUUUUAUCUGAGGAUUGUCUGAUACCUCUCUUUAGCGAAGCAUUGCGUUUAUGUAAACAACAUGAUGUCAGACCGUGGAUACAUGCUCUAAGAUAUACGGUCUUCCAAAACACUUUAACGGAUAAAUUGAAAGAUCAGACGGUGUCAGUGAAGAGCCAUCUUAUGGAGCUGGGCUUAACAGCAGCAAAAUGUUCCCGCAAACGAGGCAAUAUUACUCUUGCUACAAGAUUGCUAGCACAGUGCAGUUACAUACAACUUGCUCAGGUCACUAAUGCACAAGAUUUAGUAAACCAUUUUAAAAAGCUUUCUAUAAAGGGGCAAAUGGAUGAGAAGUGGGGGCCUGAGUUGGACAUUGAGAAAACCAAACUUCUGUAUGUUGCAGGCCAAUCUGCCCACGCCAUGGAAAUGCUGAGCUCCUGUGCCAUUUCAUUCUGCAAAUCUGCAAAGGCAGAAUAUGCAGUGGCCAAAUCUAUCCUUACCCUUGCAAAAUGGAUCCAAGCAGAGUGGAAAGAAAUAUCAGGGCAGAUGAAGCAAGUAUACAGAGCACGGCAGCAAGCAAAUGUUUCUGGUCUGCCUACACUUGGAAAAAAUAUAUAUACACUGAUUGACUUGCCACCUGUAAAUGCUAUGGAAGAGGAAUACCCACAAAUUGAGAGUGAGUCCACAGUGAGCAUUGGAGUGGGAGAGCCAGACUUCAUCAUGGGGAAACUCUACCACCUGUCGUCCGUACAAGCACCUGAAGUUGCCAAGUCUUGGGCUGCAUUGGCUAGCUGGGCAUACAGAUGGGGAAGAAAGGUGGUUGAUAAUGCUAGUCAAGGGGAAGGUGUUAAAUUGUUACAGCGGGAGAAAUCAGAAGUGCAGACCCUCCUUCCAGACAAUGUCUCUGAAGAGGACAAAGAGAAAAUCUUUGGGAUCCUAGGACAAGCUAUGUGCCGACCAGCUGGAAUCCAGGAUGAAGACAUCUCUCUUCAAAUAACUGAAAAUGAAGACAAUGAUGAGAACAACAUGGAGGAUGUAAUUUGGAGGCAGUUGCUGGCAUGUUGCCCCUGGCUGGCAGAUCUGGAGGAUAAGGCUUCUGAAGGGCUCAUUAAGCUGUGGAAGAAAGUUGUGGAUAGAAUCUUCAGCCUGUAUAAACUGUCCUGCAGUGCUUAUUUCACCUUCUUAAAACUAAAUGCUGGCAAGGUGUCCCUUGAUGAAGAUGACCCCCGCCUGCAUUUAAACAUCCCAUCCAAGCAGAGCACAGAUGAUGUGAUUGUGAUGGCAACAUUAAGGCUGCUGAGACUGCUUGUAAAACAUGCUGGAGAGCUUCGGCAAUAUCUUGAGCAAGGCCUGGAGACCACACCCACAGCGCCAUGGAGAGGUAUAAUUCCUCAGCUCUUCUCUCGACUCAAUCAUCCCGAAGUCUAUGUUCGUCAGAGCAUCUGCAACUUACUAUGCCGCGUAGCACACGACUCUCCACAUCUCAUCCUUUACCCAGCCAUAGUUGGCAGCAUUUCACUGAGUAAUGAUUCACAAUCCUCCGGAACCAAGCUCUCUGCUGCCAUCCCCACAUUGCUGGGAAACAUCCAAGAUGAUGAGCUGAUGGAGGUAGAAGUUGAUGGAGGAAGCCCUCCUGCCUCACAAGAAAGUAAAGAUGAGCUCAAGAAUGCCCUUAAUGAAGAUCAGGCUAUGAUGCAGGACUGCUACAGCAAAAUUGUUGAUAAAUUAUCCUCUGCCAACCCCACCAUGGUGUUACAAGUUCAAAUGUUGGUAGCCGAGUUAAGGAGAGUGACAGUUCUGUGGGAUGAGCUUUGGCUUGGAGUCUUACUACAGCAACAUAUGUAUGUCCUGCGACGUAUUCAGCAACUUGAAGAUGAAGUCAAGAGGGUACAAAACAACAACACCCUUCGAAAAGAGGAAAAGAUCGCCAUCAUGCGGGAAAAGCAUACUGCCCUAAUGAAGCCCAUUGUGUUUGCCCUGGAGCAUGUCUGUAGUAUUACUUCUGCUCCUUCAGAAACACCCCAUGAAAAAUGGUUCCAGGAUACUUACGGGGAAGCUAUUGGAAAUGCCCUGGAGAAACUAAGAAAUCCGUCAAAUCCAGCAAAUCCUGGAAACAGCUGGAUGCCAUUUAAACAGAUUAUGCUGAGCUUGCAGCAAAGAGCGCAGAAGCGUGCUAGCUACUUAUUACGUCUGGAAGAAAUUAGCCCAUGUCUGGCUGAAAUGACCAACACAGAAAUUGCACUCCCAGGAGAAGUUUCUGAUAGGGACACCAUCACAAUUCAUAGUGUGGGAAGCAAUAUUACUAUCCUUCCUACAAAAACAAAGCCUAAGAAAUUCAUCUUUCUGGGUUCGGAUGGGAAAAACUACCCGUACCUUUUUAAAGGCUUAGAAGACUUGCAUCUAGAUGAGAGAAUUAUGCAGUUUCUCUCCAUUGUAAACACAAUGUUUGCAACAAUAAACUCCAAAGAAUCGCCCCAUUUCCAUGCCAGACACUACUCCGUCACACCACUGGGCACCAGAUCAGGCCUUAUUCAGUGGGUAGAUGGAGCCACCCCUCUGUUUGGCCUUUACAAACGCUGGCAGCAGAGAGAAGCUGCUUUACAAGCACAAAAGGCUCAAGAUUCCUACCAGACACCUCAAAACCCUGCAAUGGUGCCACGACCCAGUGAGCUAUAUUACAGCAAAAUCAGUCCUGCCCUGAAGGCGGUUGGUUUAAGUCUGGAUGUGUCUCGUCGUGACUGGCCUCUUAAUGUUAUGAAAUCUGUUUUAGAAGAACUCAUGGAAGCUACCCCUCCCAACCUACUUGCCAAAGAGCUCUGGUGCUCAUGCUCUUCUCCUGAUGAGUGGUGGAGGGUUACACAGUCCUAUGCCAGAUCUACUGCUGUGAUGUCGAUGGUUGGUUACAUUAUUGGACUUGGAGACCGACAUCUAGAUAACGUUCUCAUUGACAUGACAACUGGAGAAGUAGUUCACAUAGAUUACAAUGUCUGCUUUGAAAAAGGUAAGAGCCUUCGGGUGCCAGAAAAGGUCCCUUUUCGAAUGACCCAGAAUAUUGAAUGUGCACUGGGAGUCACAGGAGUGGAAGGCGUGUUUCGUUUAUCUUGUGAGCAGGUUCUUCAUAUUAUGAGGCGUGGACGGGAGACCCUGCUCACAUUACUAGAGGCUUUUGUGUAUGACCCUCUUGUGGAUUGGACUGCUGGUGGUGAGGCAGGUUUUGCAGGAGCAGUCUAUGGAGGUGGAGGUCAGCAAGCGGAGAGCAAGCAGAGCAAAAGAGAAAUGGAGAGAGAGAUCACGCAGAGUCUGUUUUCUUCCAGAGUGGCAGAGAUAAAGGUGAAUUGGUUUAAGAACAAGGAGGAGAUGCUCAGCGUGUUACCAAAACUAGACACCAGUUUGGAAGAAUAUCUAAAUUUGCACGAAGAGCUGAUGGAGGUAGAAAAGCUGCAAACAAAACUCGUGGAAGAGAUGGAGUUCCUAGAAGGAGCAGAAUCUACGGAGCACCCAUCCCAUACUUUACAGCACAGGUUUUCUGAGCACACACAACUGCAGACUCAGCAGCGGGCGGUUCAAGAAGCAAUCCAAGUGAAGCUUAAUGAAUUUGAACAAUGGAUCACCCAGUAUAAAACCGCCUUCAGUAAUCUAGAAGCCACUCAGCUUGCAGGCCUACUCCAAGAGAUCAGCAGCCCAAUGGAUCUAGGCCCACCCAGCUAUGUGCCAGCAACAGCUUUCCUUCAAAAUGCUGGGCAGGCGCACCUUAUCACACAGUGUGAGCAGUAUGAAGCAGAAGUAGGUGCCCUGCUGCAGCAACGCCGAUCAGUAUUGCGGGCUUGCCUUGAACACCUCCACAAUUAUGCAACUGUAGCUCUUCUGUACCCAAAAGCAGUAUUUCAGAAGCACAGAAUUGAGCAGUGGAAGACCUGGAUGGAAGAACUUAUCUGUGAUAUGACUAUGGAGCACUGCCAGGAAUUAUACAGGAAAUAUGAGAUACAAUAUGCCCCUCAGCCGCCACAACCAGUGAGUCAGUUCAUAUCCGCCACUGAAAUGGCACUGCAGCGUUACGCUGCAGAUACAAACAACAGGCUUCUACGGCAAGUAGACCGCCUAAAACAAGAAGCGGUAUCUUUGCCAGUUUGCGAGGAACAGUUGAAAGAAAUUGAGCGUUGCAUUAAAGUAUUUCUCCAUGAGAAUGGAGAGGAAGGAUGUCUUAGUCUGGCAAGUGUUGUCAUCUCUGCCUUGUGCGCACUUACAAGGCGCAAUCUGAUGAUGGAGGGAGCGGCAUCCAGUGCUGGAGAGCAGCUGGUGGAUCUGACUUCACGAGAUGGAGCCUGGUUCUUAGAGGAGCUUUGCAGCAUGAGUGGGAAUGUCACCUGCCUGGUACAGUUACUGAAGCAAUGCCUGCUUGUUCCUCAGGAUUUGGAAAUACCCAACCCAACUGAAGCAUCUGAAGCUGUGCAUCUAGCUAAUGGGGUGUACAUUUCUCUUCAGGAAUUAAACUCCAACUUCCGUCAAAUUAUUUUCCCAGAAGCUCUUCGAUGCCUAAUGAAAGGGGAACAAACUCUAGAAAACAUGCUGCAGGAGCUUGAUAGCCUAAUUGAGCAAAGCACAGAUGGAGCUACAUUGCAGACUUUAGUCGAAUCACUUCAAACCUAUUUGCGGAAUGCUGCCAUGGGACUGGAAGACGAAGCCAAUGCUCAUUACAUUGAUAUUGCAAGGUUGCUGCAUUCACAGUAUGGAGAUUUAAUUCAGCCAAGGAACGGCUCGGUAGAAGAAACUCCAAAAAUGUCAGCUGGUCAGAUGCUUUUGGUUGCGUUUGAUGGAAUGUUUGCUCAAGUUGAAACCGCAUAUGGAUUAUUAGUUGAAAAGUUGAAAAAGAUGGAGGUGCCACAGGCUUGGAGAAAAGUGGACAUAAUCCGAGAAGCACGAAGUACACAAGUGAACUUUUUUGAUGACGAUGGCCUUCAGCGGGUGUUAGAUGAGAUUUUCUUCCUCAAAAGGCUGCAAACGAUAAGGGAAUUCUUCAGACUCUGUGGCAUAUUUUCUCAGACCUUGUCUGGUAAAUGUUCCCUUGAAGAUCAGAAUACUGUAAACGGACCCAUGCAGUUGGUCAAUGUUAAAACCAUGUACAGGAACGCUUGUUUUAGUGAAGAUCAAAUGUCCAAGCCAAUCAAAGGAUUUACAGCAGAUUUUGUUAGACAGCUAUUAAUCGGCCUUCCAACACAGGCCUUGGGGCUUACACUUUGUAGCUUUAUAAGUGCUCUGGGUGUGGAUAUCAUUGCCCAAGUAGAGGCGAAGGACUUUGGGGCAGAGAGCAAAGUCUCUGUUGACGACCUGUAUAAAAAGGCUGUGGAGCAAAACCUCCAUCUGAACCGUUUUUCUCAGCUGGUGAUGAACAGGGCCACUGUAUUAGCAAGCUCUUAUGACACGGCUUGGAAGAAACAAGACCUUGUGCGCCGCCUUGAAACAAACAUUUCAGCUUGCAAAACCAGUCUACAGAGAGUGCAGCUGCACAUUGCAAUGUUUCAGUGGCAACAUGAGGAUAUCUUGAUCAGCCGCCCACAAACUUUAUCUGUGACGCCACCACCCCGGUCUGCGAUUUUAACCAGCAUGAAAAAGAAACUGCAUACGCUUGGACAAAUAGACUCUUCUAUUGUAGCUGUCCAGGAAAAACUAGCAGCACUAGAAGCCAGCAUCGAGCAGCGUUUGAAAUGGGCUGGAGGUGCAAAUCCAGCUUUGGCACCUGUCCUUCAAGACUUUGAGGCCACCAUUACAGAAAGGAGGAAUCUUGUUUUAAAAGAAAACCAAAGAAUAAACCAGGUGACUUUCCUGUGCAGUACCAUCAUGCAUUUUGAAGGCCUGCGUACACGUACAAGUGAGACUUUAAGCCUAGACGCCAGCCUGUUUGAACUGAUCAAGCGUUGCCAACAAAUGUGUUCAUUUGCCUCCCAGUUCAACAGUUCUGUCUCAGAGCUGGAGCUGCGAUUGUUGAAGAGGGUGCAGGGAACCAGCAGUGAACAUUCUAUCGGGGCUCCUGAGUGGCUGGUGUCGGCCCAUAAGCAGCUGAGUAACGAUAUGUCAAAUCAAAGAAGUCUACAGGGUGAAAAAGAGCAACAAAUUGAAACGUUGUGUGAAUUGAUACAGAACCUGGUGGACUCUAUUAAGAACGUUCUCACUGGCCACAACAGACAGCUCGGAGAUGUCAAACAUCUGCUCAAGGCCAUGGCAAAGGAUGAGGAAGCUGCCAUGGCGGAUGGUGAAGAUGUUCCUUAUGAGAACAGUGUGAGGCAGUUUCUUUGCGAAUACAAAUCAUGGCAAGACAACAUCCAGACAGUGCUGUUUACAUUAGUUCAGGCUUUGGGACAGGUUCGCAGCCAAGAACAUAUAGAAAUGCUGCAAGAAAUCACCCCUACCCUGAAGGAACUCAAAAAGCAAAGCCAGAGUAUCUAUACCAACCUAGUGAGCUUUGCAUCUCCCUUGGUUACUGAUGCAACAAAUGAAUGUUCCAGUCCUACCACAUCAUCUACAUAUCUGCCCAGCUUUGCUGCAGCUGUGCGCAGCAACACUGUUCAGAAAACUCAGCCUGAAGGCAUGUCCCAGAAUGCAAAAAAGUCUGUGCAACGAAACCUGGCGACAUCUGCGGAUACUCCACCGAGCGCUGUCCUGGGCCCCGGCAAAAGCGUUGCUUCCAGUCCCAAAAAGGCUGUCAGGGAUCCUAAAACAGGCAAAGCUGUUCAAGAAAGAAAUUCCUAUGCGGUGAGUGUGUGGAAGAGAGUCAAAGCCAAGCUGGAAGGAAGAGAUGUGGAUCCAAACAGAAGGAUGUCUGUCGCUGAGCAGGUGGACUUUGUAAUAAAGGAGGCAACAAACGUAGAAAACCUGUCUCAGCUGUAUGAAGGUUGGACAGCCUGGGUGUGAGAGAGAAGAAGAAGAAGGUAUAUUCGCCUGGUUCAACAACGUCCGACAUCCACCACAAUCAAAAAUGCCUCAGGCAUCCAUAUCCGCGCCAAGGCCGGUGGUGAUCCUGGGGCUUAACAUGAGGCAGUGGGAAGGGAAUCCCACAGGAAAGCUGCACCCACACCAAUGGUCUGCAAUCCCCAGGGUAACGAGUAUAAUGAUCCGUCUGGCUGACUCGUUUGUCUUUCUGCUAUGGAAGAACUGAUACAGUAUCCGUGCGCACGGCAGAAAGGAAUUGCUCCCCUACAGACCUGGGCGUGAUCUAGAACUCUCUUCCAUUGAGGAAAUGCUGCCCCCUCUGCGACAACGGGGGAAAUAACUGGGGCCGUCAAGGAUUUGCUGUGAAGAAGUAGCUGACAGUUUCUUGGGUUCCCCCUGUUGCCUGGCAGCAGCGCUUGUUCAGUUGACCAGUAAGCACAGAGGAGGCCAGGAGAUGAAGCAUGGCCUUUCCAUUCGCUGAAAAAUACGCAGCCAAAGAACAAUACUGAGUUGGAUGGACUUCUCAAUAGAAGAAUAAAGCCUUGUUCUCCCCUUUUUCCCCGCCCCAAAUUCUUUGUAGUUUAGAAAUAUUUGUUUAUUUACAAUUCUUGUAGUUCACUCGUUGGCCAGUCUAUAGCAGAUUUAGUUUUGUUUGGCAGCUGGGAAUCUUGUAAAAUACGUUCAAAAAUCAGAUUCAACCCCCCCCCCAAAAAAGUUUAGUAUUCGGCUUGGUUGUGCUAUUCUGUACCCCCAUUGUGUACAGUUUCCCUUGCAACUGUCACUGUACAGUACAACAAGCCAUUUAUACACGACACACUUCAUUUGGCUGCCAUGUUUAUUUCUGCACACACACACACGCAAAGACACGCACGCACACACGCGCACACUCACGCACACACUCACACACACUCACGCACAGACACACGCACGCACGCACAGACUCACACACACACACAGACGCGCACACACGCGCACACGCACACACAGACACGCACAGACAGACAUGCACAGACACACACACAGACACACACACACGGAACCCAGCUGUAAACCUUUAACCUUGUUUCCCCUUUAACCAGCAUAGACUAACCAGUGGAGUUUCACAUUGCUGGCAGUUAAUGAAUAAAGUCGUGUUUUGGUGGA